AUGAUACAUAUCUAUCUCUUCUUGGUGGGGAUACUGGGCCAUGACAAUAACAUCCUGGUAAGCGAGGUCAACAGCAACACAGACACCUUCAAGGUCAACAACAUGAUCCUGAAUAUCGAGAAAUCGGGGGCAUUUGAAAAGAAGAUAGGCCGCAAUCUAAAUAGUCCAGGGUAUGUGGUUCGGAGAGAAGGAAACGGGUUUGAAAUAGAGUUCUCUACAAGCAUGGUUAAUUUGAAGCUGAGCAGGAUAAGCCCGAACAAGAUCAAGGUGACCUACAACUCUAAGGAUAAGUCCGCAAGUGACACGUAUCUAGAGAUAUCGAUUAAGAACUGCGUGAUUAGGAGUUUUAAGAUAUUUGAUUUCUACAUGCUGAAGAAGGCACAGCUUAGCUCAAAACUAGACAUAAAAACAUGA